GUAUUUGCUUUUUAUAAUUCACUGAAUUGUGUGUUUGAUCAUGAAAAAAUUGAAUACAAGUAUUUUAACGUGAUUAUCAAGUUUGUGUUUGAGUCAAAAUAAACCAACGAUUGCUAUGAAAUGGCGAAUUCAAAUUCGUGUGACACAUUAAAUAAUGAGGACAUUGAUUCGAACAUUAUAAUAAAUGAAUUGGAUGGGUUACCCAACUGUCAUCCUAAUUUGGAACAAGAAUCUCAAAUAGAAAAUGAUUCAUCCGAUCAUACACCAAAUGAUUUCGAGGAUCUACCGACAUCAUUAAUAGUAACAAAUAUCCAUGACAACGUUUUUGCAAAUGAAAAACAAAAAGCAGAAAUGGAAGCACUAUUUAAACAAUAUGGUGAACCCUGUACAUUUCAAUGGUUACGAAGUUUUCGAAGAUUACGUGUUAAUUUUAAAUCACCAACAUCAGCAGCAAAUGCACGAUUACAGUUACAUCAAUAUCCAAUAUUGAAUUCUGUUAUAACAUGUUAUUUUGCACAGCCUGUGACACCGGUAACAACAAAAAAUUUACAACCACCUGCACCGGUUAAACAGUUUUUAAUAUCACCACCCUCAUCGCCACCAUUAGAUUGGGAACCACGUCCAGAGAAUGAACCAUUAGUUAAUCAUGAUUUAUUGGCGGCAUUGGCAACGCUAGCACCAGGUAGUUCACAUGAAUUACAUUCACCACAACCUGGACAACCUGGUAUUGUUGUUCAUACUGCAGCUCAAGCGGCUGCUCAAAUUGAGCAUGAUAAUUUAACAAAACCAAAAAUAAUGCAUACCAGGUGUCCCGAAUUUUAAAUAUCGUAAUAUCAUGAAAUUAUCAUUAACAUUAAUUUUAUAAACUGGUUAAUAAUGAUAGAACUGUAAACUGGUUACGCCUAACGCAUAUUUUUAAAUAAGGUUUCGUAUGAAUCUCAUGUUAAGUCAAAGAAAGAAGAUUUAGGAUUGAGGACCUACUCCUACAGGUAAGAAAUAGUUACAUAUCACGUAUAAGACGUAUCACGUAUCACGUGAGCGUUUGAGCAAAAAUCACAAGUCCAAAAUAUCAAAAAUUGAAGUUCAUUUAUAGAAUUUUUCUCAAACACCCACGAACUUUGAAUUUUUAUAAAAUAAAGAGCUCAAUAGUUUAGGAGUUAUGGGGAAUAAAUUUAAGAUAUCGUGAGAAUAAAGUAAAGUUCACACUCAAUUAUGUAAUUAACGUUUUUUAACAAAUUUUCUAAUUAUUUUUGUUCAAAAUACUGCCCUGCUACCUCACAAUAUAUUUUUGGCCUUAGAAGAAAUAUUUCUUUGAAGAGUAUCUGGGUCGUAUACUCGUAUUGGUAUCACGGCCUAUUAAAUUUAAUAUUUCCCAUUGCCCAUAACCCCUUAGCUAUUAACAUGGUGAUGGACUACCUAGAAAACCUUGAAAACUUGACUCUUUCAGGGAAUUUUAAAAUCGAAUCUCUGAGAUUGAACUCCAGAUUUGAUUAUAGAUAUCUUGGAAUUUAUCUUAAGCGAAAAACCUGUUUACAAUUGCACACUUAAUAGAUUUUUGUACUGAAAUUAUGACAAAUUCUAAUGAGUCGAUCAUUUGUUGCCCCCUUUCAUAAUGAU